CAGGAAACAAUGGCUGAAGUGUGCAAGAGCCAGAACGUGCUGGUGCUCGAGUGCACCGAGGCGUGGGACGGGCUGAGCGAGCGGGAGAAGGCGUACGCCCACUUUAUGUCGCAGGCGGCCUGGUGGGGCGCCCGCAUCUGCCUCACCCAGUGCUCGCCCGAGGCUCCGCUGAUCUUUGACUGGCUGCAUCCCAUGUGGGCGUGGUCGGGCGGGCCGGCGGGUCUUAAGCAGGCUGUUCUCGAUGCCAAUGCGCCAGAGUGCCUGGAUGCUGUCGAUGCACUGGCGCUGUACUCGGCCCGGUUCUACGGCAACAUGGGCAACUACACCUCGUUUGGCGAUCGCAAGUUUGUGCCAGCUGCGUCGCCCGACGAGGUCAAAGCUCUGCUGGAGAGCGGUGCCUUUGCGCCUCGUCUCACUGCAGAGCUGCUCUCCCGCUUCGCCGCCGUCGCCGACGCCAUGUGGGCGAGUGAUGCGACGACCGCAACGCUCGGCUUUGAAGGCGCGGGCGUGACCAUGUACUACGGGCCUGGUAUCUCGCAGGAUGCGGUCACCGCGCUGCAGAGCUGGAUGGACCGCCACGGCGUGUCUCCGUACAACACCCGGGUGUGGCGCUCGGACACCGCUGACGACCUGCUCCUCCUGCGCAUCGCAUCGGUGGAGACCGAGGCCGUCCCGAGCGUGGCCGGCAUUUUCCCGGGGCUUGCCGAGCUCGAGACCGAUGCCGAUGGCGCCUACAGCGUGGGUAGCGAGAGCGGAUGGCGGGUGGCGCUCGAGUUUGGCGACCACGCCCACUGGCUCAAGGCCGUGGUGCGGUACAUGGAGCGGGCGAGGCAGUACGCAGCCAACCCGACCCAGGUGCGGAUGAUUAGCAAGUAUAUCGAGUCGUUUUCCCGCGGCUCGAUCGAGGCCCACAAGGAGUCGCAGCGCGAGUGGGUGACCGAUGUCGGCCCUGCGGUGGAGACCAACAUCGGGUUCAUCGAGUCGUACCGUGACCCAGCUGGCGUCCGCGGCGAGUGGGAGGGCUUUGUGGCGGUGGUCAACGCCGCCGGCUCGGCCAAGUUUGACGCACUCGUCUCUGCCGCGCCAACCUUUCUGGCCCAGCUCCCGUGGGGUGCUGCCUUUGAGAAGGACACCUUCCGGCGGCCAGAUUUUACCUCGCUCGAUGUUGUCUCGUUUGGCUCGUCGGGCGUUCCGGCCGGCAUCAACAUUCCCAACUAUGACGAGGUGCGGCAGAACACCGGGUUCAAGAACGUCUCGCUCGGCAACGUGCUCGCGGCGUCAGCCAACACCACCGAAGCCGUUCCGCUCCUCGCCGACAGCGACCAGGCCGAGUACAAGGCGCUGCACGGGCCCGCGUUUGAGGUCCAGGUUGGCCUUCACGAGCUGCUUGGUCACGGCUCGGGCAAGAUCUUGGCUUCAGCCGGCGACGGGAGCCUCAACUUUGACCGCGAGACCACCGUCUCUCCGCUGACCGGCGAGCCAGUGACGAGCUGGUACGGGCCGGGUGAGACGUACUCGUCCAAGUUCGGCUCGGUCUCGUCAGCAUACGAGGAGUGCCGGGCCGAAGCCGUUGGUCUCUUCCUCUGUGUCAACCCCCAGGUGCUGGAGAUCUUUGGCCACACUGGGGCUGAGGAGCAAGCCCGGCUGGCGUACAUCAACUGGCUGGCCAUGGCGCGUGCCGGCGUGCGCGCUCUCGAGUUCUUCUCGCCCGACGACGGCGCAUGGCACCAGGCCCACAUGCACGCGCGCUUUGUCCUGCUGCGGGUCAUGCUCGAGGCAGGUGACGGCCUCGUCACCAUCCACCGUGAGCCUGAGCUGCACGUCAGCGUCGAUGCUGAUAAGAUUGCGACUGUCGGCAUUCCUGCCAUCGCCAAGUUCCUCACCGCACUACAGACGUACAAGUCGACCGGCGACGCCGCAGGCGGCACUGCGUUCUUCAUGGCCUACGCCGACGUUGUCGGCGACUGGCUCGAGCUCCGCGAUGCCGUCCUUGCUCUCAAGAAGCCGCGCCCGGUCCUUGUCCAGUCGCACACCUUUAUCGAGCCAGGUACCGGCCGGGUGGUCAAGCAGGACUUUGAGCCGAGCUUGGAGGGCAUGAUUGCCUCGUUCCUUGCGCGGUACCCGGCCGAGCCGCGGCCCGACGCGAUGCCGGAGCUGCAAGCGGGACUGAGCGAGGAGGUGCCGAUGGUGACGAUGACGAUUGAUGGGCAGGAGGUUGUUGUGCCCAAGGGAAUGGCGAUCAUUCAGGCGUGUGCGGUGGCUGGGAUCGAGAUUCCGCGGUUCUGCUACCACGACCGUCUUGCGGUUGCGGGCAACUGCCGGAUGUGCCUUGUGGAGAUUGAGAAGGCACGCAAGCCGAUGGCGUCGUGUGCAAUCCAGGUUGAGGAGGGCAUGGUUGUGAUGACGGACACGGACAACGUCAAGGCUGCGCGGGAGGGCGUGAUGGAGUUCCUCCUCGCGAACCACCCGCUCGACUGCCCGAUUUGCGACCAGGGAGGUGAGUGCGACCUCCAGGACCAGUCGAUGGUGUACGGGUCGGACCGGUCGCGGUUCUUUGAGAACAAGCGUGCGGUGCAGGACAAGGACCUCGGCCCGCUGGUCAAGACGGUGAUGACGCGGUGCAUCCACUGCACGCGGUGCGUGCGGUUUGCGACCGAGGUUGCCGGCGUGGAGAUGCUCGGCGUGACCGGGCGCGGCAACGAGAUGGAGAUCGGGACGUAUGUGUCCAAGAUGUUUGGCUCGGAGGUGUCUGGCAACCUUGUGGACAUCUGCCCUGUGGGCGCGCUCACGAACAAGCCGUACGCAUUCUCCGCGCGGUCGUGGGAGCUCAAGGCGACCGAGUCGAUUGACGUCUUUGACGCGGUUGGCUCGAACAUUGUGGUCAACACGCGUGGGCCCGAGGUGAUGCGGAUCCUGCCGCGGCUGCACGAGGGCGUCAACGAGGAGUGGAUUUCAGACAAGACGCGGUACGCGUGCGAUGGGCUGAAGGCGCAGCGGCUUGACGUGCCGAUGGUGAACCACAAGCCUGUGUCGUGGGAGACUGCGCUGGCGACGGCGGCCGAGGCGAUUUCGGCGCUCUCCGAGGCCGAGCUGGCCAACGGAGCGCUCAAGGCUGUUGCCGGGCCGAUGGCAGACGCCGAGACGCUGAUGGCGGUCAAGGACCUGGUCAACUCGCUCGGCUCGGAGAACACGGUGCAUGAGGACGGUGCGGCGCUGUCUGCGGACCUGCGGCCGAACUACGUGUUCAACACCACCAUCGAGGCGCUCGAGGAGGCCGACGCACUGCUGCUUGUGGGCGCCGUCCCGCGAGUCGAGGCUGCCAUCAUCAACACCCGGAUCCGCAAGGCGCUCCGCAACUACGACCUGCUGGACAUCGGGUACAUCGGCGCCGAGGGCGCACAGCUGACGUACGACUACGACCAUCUCGGCUCCGACCUGGCGGCGCUCAAGGCACUCGCCGACGGCACGUCGCCGUUCGCUGACGCGAUGGCCAAGGCCGAGCGGCCGGUGGUGGUGGUGGGCAAGGGCGCGUGGGCCGGCAAGGACGCGGCGGCGCUGCCAGGCCUCCUGGCCCAGCUCGCGGACAAGUACCCGCACCUCAAGGUGUCGAGCGAGUCGUCGUGGGCAGGCAUCAACAUGCUGCACACCGACGCGUCGCGUGUCGGAGCGCUCGACGUCGGUUUUGUGCCGGGCGUCGGCGCCGACAAGGCGCCCGCCAAGGUUGUUUACCUCGUUGGCGCCGACGACUACGAUCCGGCGUCGAUUCCGGAUGACGCCUUUGUCAUCUACCAGGGCUCGCACGGCGACGCCGGCGCGUCACGCGCCAACGUCAUUCUCCCGGGUGCGGCGUACACCGAGAAGACGGCGACGUACGUCAACACAGAAGGGCGCGUGCAGCGGACCCGGCGCGCAGCGCCGACUCCCGGCCACGCCCGUCCGGACUGGGCCAUCCCGCGCGCCCUCUCCGAGGUCGUGGGCAAGCCGCUGCCGUACGCCACGGCCGAGGAGGUCCAGGCCCGCCUCUUUGCCGUUGCCCCGCACAUGGCUGUGCCGGACACCCCGCCGUUCGCCUCGGCGGCCAUCUCGGACCUCGCCUUUGACGCCAUGCGCGCCGCCACCUCCAACGGUGCCCUCAACACGCCGAUCGAGCUCGUCAUCGACAACUUUUACCAGAACGAUGCCAUCUCGCGGGCCUCGCCAGUCAUGGCUCGCUGCACUACCUCGUUUGGCAAGCACAACGGAACCGAGUACAACCCGGGCUCGGCGGCGACCAAGGACGUUGCGUAG